CCCACCUGAGAAACCCAUAUAUAUACAUAUACUAUAUAUACUCGAUGUGAAAUAUAUACAUAUGUAUAUCGAUGUAAUCCAAGCUUUGGGGAGGUGAAUUCCGAUUUCAGAUUGAUUUUUCAGAGUGUGGGGUUUUUUUUUUUUGGAUUAAUGGGGAUUCGUUCUAGCACCCAAGGAAAAAAAGCGUGCCAACUUAAAUAUGGCAAAUCUCACAAGAAGAUUCCGGAAAAAAAUCCAGAAAUUCAGAGAUCAAAUGAAACCAAAACCCAAACCGUCUUUCCUUUGACAUCCAUCAAGGAUGCCAAAGAUCUAGGGCAGAAUUCUGGAUACGGCAACCUUUGCAUACUCACUUAUGAGGAGACAAGGUUGGCUACAAAGGAAUUCCGGCCAGACCAUAUCGUCGGCCGGGGGGGUUUCGGGGUCGUUUAUAAAGGACUCAUAGAUGAGAAUGUGAGGCCUGGUUUCCCAUCUACAGCAGUUGCCGUUAAAGAUCUUGAUCCGGAUGGGUUCCAAGGUGAUAGAGAAUGGCUGGCUGAAGUCAACUACUUAGGGCAACUCAGUCAUCCAAAUCUUGUGAAGCUCAUUGGUUACUGUUGUGAGGAUGACCAUCGGUUGCUUGUUUAUGAAUACAUGUCAAGUGGGAGCCUCGAAAAACAUCUUUUUCGCAGAGCUGAUUGUAGUUUGACUUGGUCGAAAAGAAUGAAGAUCGCUCUAGAUGCGGCAAAAGGGCUUGCUUUCCUUCAUGGUGCCGAAAGACCCGUCAUAUACCGUGACUUCAAGACAUCCAACGUUUUGCUCGAUGAGGACUUCAAUGCAAAGUUGUCGGACUUUGGACUCGCAAAGGAUGGACCAAUGGGAGACCAAACCCAUGUUUCAACACGAGUGAUGGGGACACACGGUUACGCUGCUCCGGAAUAUAUUUUGACUGGCCAUUUAACAGCAAGGAGUGAUGUUUAUGGAUUUGGAGUAGUGUUACUAGAGAUGCUCAUUGGAAGAAGAGUAAUGGACAAGGGGCUUGGCCAAAAACAAAACUUGGUGGAAUGGGCUCGACCACUCUUGAACCAUGACAAGAAGCUUAUAAAGAUAUUAGACCCUAAGAUGGAAGGUCAGUACUCUCCUAGAGCUGCAAUGAAGGUUGCCUAUUUGGCAUACCUGUGCCUUAGUGAAAACCCGAAAGGCCGACCUUCAAUGAGCCAAGUGGUCGAAUAUCUCGAGAAAUUUCAGACAAAAGAUGCUAGUCAUGAAGAAGCAAUGCUUCACAAAGGGGCUCACCACAACAGUGUAACCCGUGACCAAGCUCCCGAUAGGUCCCCUCAGACUCCUAUGAUAAAGAGAAAUUAUACGAGAAGUGAAACUCACAAAGACAAGUGCAAUCAAAGAAAUGAACCUGGAAAAGAAAGAAGCUGAAGCAACCCUCCCCAAGAGCCUAAACUUUUUAGCCUUCGAGUUCUGAAGCUGACGAUAAGGUUGAAAAUGUGACCAAAGUGUUUAACAAAAGAGUUUUCUGAGGAUCUAUAAAGUUCGGUUUGAGAGCUUCCAUUGCCCCUUGAUGUUCAGGCUUCCUAGUGGAGCACGUAGGCUGGUUC